AUGCCCAACUUCAGAGUUCCUCAGCUCCGACUGCUUUCCAGAAGUCUCUAUUCUAAGAACGCCUACGUCGAUGUUCGAUCCGUCGAAGAUAGCGCAGAACAAAUGGAGAAGCAGUAUGCUAAAAUAUCAAAUGAGAUCUUAGCUGAAAUUAUGGACGAGAAUCUGCUCUGUGAGGCAGUAAAUAGCUUCAACACAAAGGUGAAUGCCAUCUGUGAUUUGCUGUUCUGGGAGCCCACUAGAGAUGAUAUUGAGGAUGUCGAAAAGUUCCAACUUCCGACACUUCGAGCACAAUUAGCAAUGCUGAAGAAGAAAUAUGACAAAGCUAAUCAUGCCCGUAAGCAU